UGUCUUAGACGCCGACGACCCAACGAAACCAAACCGAGCUCAUUUUCUGGUCGACUUUUCUCUGGUCUCGACCCCCAGCUAACCAGAGCCAGCUUUUACUUUUUUUUUUUCUCUCUCUCUCUCUCCUCUCCUCGCCUCUCUCUCUCUUCGAUUUGGGUUCAGGUGAAUCGAGCUCUUUGAUCUGUAUAUGCUUCUGCUAUUUUGCUUCUGUUAUCCUAUUCUUUUUUGCGGUUCAGGAUUUUGUUAUUGAGGGAGAGAAGGGAGGAUGUCAGGCGGUGGUACUCAGAAGAGUUUGAGGAAAGCACUUGGAGCGAUUAAGGACACCACUACAGUUUCAUUGGCAAAAGUCAAUAGUGAUUACAAGGAAUUGGACAUUGCUAUAGUCAAAGCCACAAAUCAUGUUGAGCGCUCUGCAAAGGAAAAGCACAUCAGAGCUAUUUUCGCUGCCAUUUCAGCUACCAGACCCCGAGCUGAUGUUGCAUACUGUAUCCAUGCUCUUGCCAGAAGGUUAUCAAAAACACAUAAUUGGGCGGUUGCUUUGAAAACUCUAGUUGUUAUUCACCGUGCUCUGAGGGAAGUAGACCCUACAUUUCAUGAAGAGCUAAUUAAUUAUGGCAGAAGCAGAAGUCACAUGCUUAACUUAGCUCAUUUCAAAGAUGAUUCUAGCCCAAAUGCAUGGGAUUACUCUGCUUGGGUCCGUACAUAUGCCUUAUUCUUGGAGGAGAGGCUUGAAUGCUUUCGUGUUCUGAAAUAUGAUAUCGAGACAGAUCGUCCAAGAACCAAGGAGUUGGAUACUGUUGAGUUGCUUGAGCAAUUGCCUGCUCUCCAACAGCUUCUUUUUCGUGUUCUUGGUUGUCAGCCACAAGGAGCAGCAGUCCAUAAUUUUGUGAUUCAGUUAGCACUUUCAAUGGUUGCCUCAGAAAGUGUCAAGAUUUAUCAAGCUAUUAGUGAUGGUACAGUAAAUUUGGUUGACAAGUUUUUUGAGAUGGAACGCCACAAUGCUGUGAAGGCUCUGGAUAUAUAUAGGAAGGCUGGCCAGCAGGCGGAGAGACUCUCAGAGUUUUAUGAGAUAUGUAAAAGUCUUGAUAUUGGACGAGGAGAAAAGUUCAUCAAGAUUGAGCAGCCCCCAGCAUCAUUUUUACAAGCCAUGGAAGAGUAUGUUGGAGAAGCUCCCCGGUUUUCUACAGUUCGCAAGGAUCAGGAUAUUGCUGCCCCCAAGGUGUUGGCAAUAGAGGACAAGAAGCCAGAGGUAGAGGUGGCACGAUCACCAUCACCAUCACCAUCACCAUCACCACCUCCACCUCCACCUCCACCUCCAUCAGAACCAGAAAAAGUGGAAGCUCCUGUAGCUGAGCCACCAGAUCUGCUGGGACUGAAUGACCCAGUACCAGAUAUUAAGGAAUUAGAUGAGAAAAAUGCUAUGGCUUUAGCCAUUGUACCAGUCACUGAUCAACAACCGUCAACUGCUCCAACUUAUGCAAACGGAGCUUCAGGCUGGGAAUUGGCACUUGUUACGGCUCCAAGCUCCAAUGAAACUGCCACAGCUGCUAGCAAACUGGCGGGAGGUUUCGACUUGCUUACACUAGACAGUCUUUACGACGAUGCAAUCAGAAGAAACAACCAGAAUGUAAGCUACAACCCUUGGGAACCUGCUCCAGCAGCUGCUCCCAUGUUGCAACAGCCAGUACACGAUCCAUUUUUCGCUUCUAGUGCAGUGGCUGCACCACAUAACGUGCAAAUGGCCACCAUGGCCAACCAGCAGCAGGCUUUCAUGCUGCAGCAGCAGCAGCAAAUGAUGAUGAUGGGUCCACAACCACAACAAUCUGCAAACCCUUUCGGAAAUCCUUAUGGAGCAGCCACUGUCCAUCCCUACGGCACAGGUAUGCCUGUUCAAGCUUACAAUCCGUAUACAGGCCUUAUCUAGAGGGUUUCUUCGAGGAACGUUUCGAUGGGCAGAUUAUUCAAAAUUGGGAUAUUGGAAGAGGAGAGAUGUGUACCAUAUCUUGUGUAUGUGCAGUUGUUAGGUAGGAUCAAGAUUCUUUUUAAAUAAAUAACCAUAGAGGGAGGACUAGCAAUUAUUUUAUAGUUACAUUUGAGGUUGGUAAUGAUGUUUUUGAGACUAAACAAAUUUUUUUUAGACCAGACCCUGCUUUAUUCUUGUUGUUCUUAUAAGCAGGGGACCUUAUUAUUACUUUUCUUCUGUUUUUCUUUAGUUUUCCUCCCUCUUUCUUGGUGUUUUUAUUAUAUUAUUAUUUUUUAUUAUAAGGCUUCAUAUAAUUGAUAGAAAAAUAUUUGUACUACGUGAUUGUUUUGAUACACAUUUAUGUAAUGAGAUGUUAAAGUUUGAAUUGUCCAGUUUAUAUAUAAUACAACUAGUUUUAUUAAUAA